AUGGAUGGAAGGAAUAACACAAAUGUGUCUCACUUCAUCCUUAUGGGAUUGACAGACUCUGAGGAGAUCCAGCUGGUCCUGUUUACACUAUUUCUCCUGAUAUACCUGACUAGUGUGCUGGGAAAUGCAGGGAUGAUAGUGAUAAUCCGCCUGGAUCUCCAGCUUCACACCCCCAUGUAUUUUUUCCUCAGCCACCUGUCAUUUCUUGACCUCAUUUACUCCAAUGUCAUCACUCCUAAAACCUUAGAGAACCUACUGACCUCCACCAAGUACAUUUCAUACCUGAACUGCUUCAUCCAGAUGUUCUUUUUCAUCUUCUUGGGUACCACUGAAUGUUUACUUCUCUCCUCAAUGGCCUAUGAUCGCUAUGUAGCUAUCUGCAAUCCUCUACACUACCCAGUCCUCAUGUCCAAAAGACUCUGCUGCUCUCUCAUUUUUGGGUGCUAUUUGAAAGGCUUUUUGGACUCCAUUAUCAAUGUGCUUUGCAUGAGCAGACUGCAUUUCUGUGACUCCAAUGUAAUCCAUCACUUUUUCUGUGACACUUCCCCAAUUCUAGCCCUGUCCUGUACCGACACACAAGACAUCGAAAUCAUGAUAUUCAUUUUUGCUGGCUCCACCCUGAUGGUAUCUGUGAUCACAAUAUGUGUGUCUUAUCUGUCAAUUCUGUCCACUGUCCUGAAAAUUACUUCCACUUCAGGAAAGCAAAAAGCCUUCUCUACAUGUGCCUCUCAUCUCCUGGGAGUCACCAUCUUUUAUGGAACUACUAUUUUUACUUAUUUAAAACCUCAUAAGUCCUAUGCCUUGGGGAAGGAUCAAGUGGCUUCCGUAUUUUAUACUAUUGUGAUCCCCAUGCUGAAUCCACUCAUUUAUAGUCUGAGGAAUAAAGAAGUGAAAAAUGCUCUCAUUAGAGUCUUGCAGAAAACAAGUGGGCUUCAGGCUAUUACAGUAACAGUGUUGCUAAACUGUUAA